GAAACCAUGUCUGGAGAGGUGCGUUUGAAGAAACUGGAGAAACUGAUUUUAGAUGGCCCGUCUCAGUCCAACGGCCAGUGCUUCAGUGUGGAGACCCUGUUGGAUAUUCUUGUCUGCCUUUAUGAUGAGUGCAAUAAUUCCCCUCUGAGAAGAGAGAAGAAUAUUUUGGAGUUCCUCGACUGGGCCAAACCUUUCACUUCCAAUGUCAAACAGAUGCGCUUGCGCAAGGAAGAUUUCGAGAUCCUAAAGGUGAUUGGACGGGGAGCUUUCGGAGAGGUUGCAGUAGUAAAGGUGAAAAAUUCCGACAAAGUAUUUGCCAUGAAGAUCCUUAACAAAUGGGAAAUGCUGAAAAGAGCUGAGACGGCAUGCUUUCGGGAGGAACGGGACGUGCUGGUGAACGGGGACAGCCAGUGGAUCACGACGUUACAUUAUGCUUUCCAAGACGAGAACAACUUGUACCUGGUUAUGGACUACUAUGUAGGGGGAGAUCUGUUGACGCUGCUCAGUAAGUUUGAAGAUCGUUUACCUGAGGACAUGGCCAAGUUUUAUCUGGCUGAGAUGGUGCUGGCUAUUGACUCUGUACAUCAGCUACAUUAUGUUCACAGGGAUAUUAAGCCAGACAAUAUCCUGAUGGACAUGAAUGGUCACAUACGAUUGGCUGACUUUGGCUCCUGCCUCAAACUCAUGGAAGAUGGAACAGUCCAGUCCUCUGUGGCAGUUGGGACUCCAGACUACAUCUCUCCAGAGAUCCUGCAGGCUAUGGAGGACGGGAAGGGAAAGUACGGGCCGGAGUGUGACUGGUGGUCUCUGGGUGUUUGCAUGUAUGAAAUGCUGUAUGGAGAGACGCCCUUUUAUGCCGAGUCCCUGGUGGAGACCUACGGCAAGAUCAUGAACCAUAAAGAGCGAUUUCAGUUUCCCCUUCAGAUGACAGAUGUGUCUGAUGACGCUAAAGAUCUGAUUCGACGGCUCAUCUGCAGCAGAGAACACAGACUGGGCCAGAACGGCAUUGAUGACUUUAAACAACACCCGUUUUUUGCCGGCAUCGACUGGGACAACAUCCGCACCUGCGAGGCACCCUAUAUCCCUGAAGUCAGCAGCCCCACCGACACCUCUAAUUUUGAUGUGGAUGACGACUGCCUCAAAAACUGUGAGACGUUGCCACCGCCUUCCCACACAGCAUUUUCUGGACACCACCUCCCAUUUGUUGGCUUCACCUACACAAGCAAAUGCACACUGUCAGACCGAGGUUGUCUACAGGAGUCUAUUGGACCUGCACAGGUAGAUGCUGAUCUACAACGCAGUCUGGAGGAGAGCCUGGCCUCCGAGGCCUAUGAGAGAAGGAUCCAACGCCUAGAACAGGAGAAGACUGAACUUUCCCGCAAGUUACAAGAGUCCACUCAAACAGUGCAAGCACUGCAGUGCCCUGAUUCAGACUACCCAGUGAAUGCUAAUAAAGAGGUAGAGAUUCGGAGUUUAAAGAGUGAGAUCGACAUCCUGAAAAAACAGAUAGCAGACUCUGGUCAACGGGAACAGCAAUCGGAGGAGGCCACCACAGCCUAUAGAGACCUGGAAGACUCUUCUAAGGUCAUCAAGAACUUAGAGAAACGGCUAAAGAGUGUCACACAAGAGAAAGAUGUCCUGCACAAGGAGCUGCUAGAUUUGGUGGAAAAAAUGAAAGCUCAAGGGAAGGAGCUGAAGGAGGCUCACACUCAGAAAAAGAUGGCCAUGGAGGAAUUCUCUGUGCUGAACGGAGAGCUUAGCGAUCUGCGCUCACAUAAGCAGUGGCUGAGCCGACAGCUUCGAGACAAAGAGGAGGAGCUGGAGGGAGUGUCGCAGAAACUGGAGGCUCUGCGGCUAGAUAUCCGCAAGGCUGAGAGAGUACGCAAAGAGUUCGAGGCCCAGGCUGAGGAACAGGCAACUGAAGCUCAAAAAGAAAGGAAGCUACGAGAGAGGACCGAACAGUACAGCAGACAACUGGAGGAAGAGCUGGAGGGGAUGAAGCAGUUGAAACAGUCUGGGCCCCCCAACACAGCUGUGAGCUCAGACCAGCAGCAGGAGCUGAUGCGCUUGCGGGCUGAGCUGGAGAAGAAGAACGUGCAGUACGAGGAGGAGCUGUGUCGCCGCGAGACGCUCCACAGCAGCGAGCUGAAGGGUCUCAAAAAGGAGCUGCACGAUGCCGAGGGUCAACACCUCACACUCCAGAAAGAGAUUCUCAUGCUCAAAGACAAACUGGAGAAAACACGCAGAGAAAGCCAAACAGAGCGAGAGGAGUUUGAGAUGGAGUACAAGCAGAAAUACGAAAGGGAGAGAGUCCAUCUGACAGACGAGAACAAAAAACUCACUAGCGAAGUGGAGAAGCUGAGCUCUAUGUGUGAGCUGAUGAGCAGCAGUCACAGGCAGCUGGAGGAGGAGAUGAGAGAGCUGGCUGAUAAGAAGGAAAGUGUGGCCCACUGGGAGGCGCAGAUCACAGAGAUCAUUCAGUGGGUGAGCGAUGAGAAAGAUGCUCGUGGUUACCUACAAGCUCUGGCCACAAAAAUGACAGAGGAGCUUGAAGGGCUCAGGAACACCAGCUUGGGGGCCAGAGGAACGGACAUGCCGUGGAAGAUGAGGCGCUUGGCUAAGCUGGACAUGUCUGCCCGUCUGGAGCUGCAGUCUGCGCUGGAUGCCGAGAUCAGAGCCAAACAGACCAUCCAGGACGAGCUAAACAAAGUCAAAGCAUCCAACAUGGCCACUGAUUGCAAACUGCAAGAAUCUGAAAGUAAGAACCAGGAACUGCUGACAGAAAUUGAGAGACUGAGGAAGGAGAUGGAGGAACUGAGGAUGAGAAAAGGUGUGAAGCAUCAGGAUUCCCAGAAUUCCUUUUUGGCCUUCCUCAAUGCACCCACCUCUGUUCUGGAUCAGUUUGAUCGGUCACCUUCUUUUGGUCCUGGAAGCAAAACCAGACGUCUUGACUCUGCAGAUUUCACACCCUCCAACACACCUUCACGAGAUGAUGACUCGAGAUCUCGCCGUAUAUCACGCUCACGCUCCCCAUCCACCGCCAGUGAUAUGGAGCCUAUUGAGUUGAUUGACCACUCAUCACGUAGUCUUCAUACUCCAGUCAGAUCAGGCUAUGGAAGUCUGGGACACUCUGGGAAGCCCAAGGCACAUCAGUUUAGUGUGAAGUCCUUCACUGUUCCCGCCAAAUGUAACCACUGCUGUUCUCUGAUGGUGGGACUGAUCCGUCAGGGCUGCACCUGUGAAGUCUGCAACUUCUCCUGUCAUGUCACAUGUGCUGACAAAGCCCCUUCCAUAUGCCCUGUCCCACCAGAACAAACCAAGGGCAAACUGGGCAUCGACACACAGAGGGGCAUUGGCACUGCAUAUGAGGGGCAUCUUAGGGUGCCAAAGCCAACAGGGGUGAAGAAGGGUUGGCAGAGGGUCUGGGCAGUGGUGUGUGACUUUAAACUCUUCCUGUAUGAGCUUGGAGAAGGAAAGGGCGCCCAGCCUGGUGUCAUAGUUAACCAGGUCAUUGACAUGAGGGAUGAGGAGUUUUCUGCAAGCUCUGUUCUGGAGUCUGAUGUCAUCCAUGCUAACAAGAAGGAUAUCCCGUGCAUUUUUAGGGUAACGGCAUCUCAGCUGUCCGCAUGCUCCCGUCAGAAGACAUGCAUCCUGAUACUGGCUGACAACGAGCAAGAGAGAACGAAGUGGGUGUGCGCACUGAACGAACUGCACCGAAUCCUGAAGAAAAACAAGCUGAAGGAGCGCUUCGUCUAUAUGCCUAAAGAAGCUUACGACAGCACACUACCUCUCAUCAAAACCACCCAAGCUGCUGCUAUUAUAGAUCAUGAGCGGGUUGCUUUGGGGAAUGAGGAAGGCCUGUUUGUCAUCCACGUCACCAAAGAUGAAAUCGCCCGUGUGGGUGACAUUAAGAAAGUGCAGCACAUAGAGCUGAUCCCAUCAGAGCAGCUGCUGGCCGUCAUCUCGGGCAGGAACCGGCAAGUGUGUCUGGUCCCCAUGGCGGGGCUCGACGGGCGGGAGAUGGACAAGAAUAAAGUGGCAGACACUAAAAACUGCCAGGCGCUGGUGUCCGGUGUCGUGCGCAAUGGCAUCUGCUUCUGCCUUGCCAUGAAACGAUUGAUCUCCUGCUUUGAAAUAAACAAGAGCAAGACUCGCCACUGCCAUCUCAUGGACAUACAAGCUCCUGGAACUGUCCAGUGGAUGGCGCUGUUCAGCCAGCAGUUAUGUGUAGGCUAUCAAUCAGGCUUCAUGCGGUAUAGCAUAUAUGGAGAAUCCCCUCCGGUCAGCUUACUCCAUCCAGAUGACCCCACACUGGCCUUCAUCAGAGCAGAAAACCUGGAUGCACUUUGUGCUGUGGAGAUCACCAGUAAAGAAAUGCUGCUCUGCUUCAGCAAAAUUGGAGUGUACGUGGACACACAUGGCAGACGCUCUCGGCAACAGGAGCUCAUGUGGCCUGCAACGCCCACCGCCUGCUGCUACAACGCCCCCUACCUGUCAGUUUACAGUGAAAAUGCAGUGGAUGUGUUUGAUGUGAACACUAUUGAAUGGAUUCAGACCAUUCCUCUCAAAAAGGUUCGGCCGUUGAACACGGAUGGCUCUUUGAAUCUGCUGGGCUUAGAGACAGUCAGGCUCAUCUACUUCAGAAACAAGACUGCAGAGGGGGAUGAACUGGUGGUGCCUGAGGUGUGCGAUAACAGCAGGAAGCAGAUGGUGCGCAGCAUGAGCAACAAGAGACGAUUCUCAUUUCGCAUUCCUGAGGAGGAGCGACUGCAGCAGAGGAGAGAGAUGUUGAGAGAUCCAGAGAAGAGGAAUAAGCUGAUCUCAAAUCCUACGAAUUUUAACCAUGUUGCUCAUAUGGGGCCUGGAGAUGGAAUGCAGAUCCUCAGAGAUCUGCCCAUGAAUGUGCGUGCUCAGGACAACCGGGCCGGGUUCAGUGGCUCUGUCAGCAUCCCGUCCAUUACCAAGAACCGAGCUGAACCUGGGAGAUCCAUGAGUGCAAGCAGUGGGCUGGGAAUACGGUCUUCCUCACAGAAUGGCAGCGCUCUAAGGAGAGAGAUGUCAGGUGGCAGCUAUAGCUUUAAGCGCCAGACCAUGACGUCACCCUCAGAGAGCUCGCUGUCAUCAGGUGGAGGCAUGGACGUGGGUGAAGCUCCGCUCUCUCAGUUUGAUCGAGAGUGGCAGGCCGUAUCGCCCUCGGAGAAGACCCCCGAUUUGAAAAGGGCUUUAAGGACCCUGCUUAGUAAGAUGAAGGACUCUGAUUCGCCACGGCACUCCACUGCCUCCAACAGCUCCACAUUUAGCAGCCCGCCAAGCCCCGCCUCUCCGCACAAGACUAAGUCCCUCUCAUUGGAGAGCACAGACCGCACAGGGUGGGACACAUGAUAGACUCACCAAUGAACCAAUCACAACGUACUCUGGGUCUGCCUGUCACAGUGCCCUUCCCCUCCCAUACAACCGCACAUAGGCACUACAGGCCCCUCCCACUACAUUUGCAUAAAGGGUCACCACUGAUCAAUAUACAAAUGAGAUACCACACCACCUUGAGCAGUGAAAACAUGAUUGUGAGUGUUUGUAUGUUUGUGUUGUGCAUUACAAUAGUCAUGAGCCCCUAGCUAAUCAGCUCCAGGCAUCUCACCGGCAGCCAAUGAGACGUAAUGUCACUACUACAAACCGGAGAUGUGAAUUUUAUUGUGUCUGGUGUUUGUAUAUAGACUGGGUUAGGGGUGAACUUAUUUAUUUGUCAUUCAGCCAUUUCAAGAUGGAAAAUACUAUAACGUCCCUCACUAUGUUCAGCUGUGGACCAUAUGGAAUAAUGACUCCUUUAUAGAGUCCCACUAAUGUACCUGAAAAAAAAAAAAAAAUAAUAAUAAUACAAUGAUGUAUAUUUUUUAUUUGCUCUUAAAAGUGAUGUGUGCAGUAAUUUUUUUUUUUGUUACAUCUGCGAAAUAGAUGAGAGGCAGCAGAUUUCUGUGCGGUGUGCUUUCAGGCAACAUCAUCUAUUGCUUCCUGUUCUAGAUUUGUUGGGAUUUAUAGGGGCUUUUCUGUCAUAUUUGAUGACAUCUUGGAAUCUGUUACAGUCAUUAUUGUCAGUCUCCAUCUAAACCUUCCGUAAACCACAAUGACCUGAGAAAACAUGUCACAGUAAUGUACAUAGGUUAAAAGUAUAGCAUAAUAUAUAAUAAGGAAAUAUUGUAGAGAUAAACUAAGUGGAAAAUUGCUUUUAUUUUUAAAAACAUAUUUUAAUAUACUCACGCCAAGACCAUCUGAAAAGUUUCAGUUGCAUCUGUUGUUUUAGAUUUUAUUUUGAUUUACAAGAAAAUACUGCCUUUUUCGUUUCUUUCUUUUCUUUUUCUUUUAAUGAUUCCUUUAGAUUAUUUUGUGAGACACAAGCCAAGCUGUUUUGCUACAAGUGUGCUUUAACCAUAAAAACUGCAUCAACUCUAUUGCUUUAUAAGAUAGCAAUACAUGCAUUGACCGAAACUGUCCAAAUAGUGAGGUUGUAUGAGGAGAUAUGCAGGUAUCGUAUUUCUUUAAUCUGGAACUAUUAAGACCAAGUGUGGAAUUUGUUCCAAAAUGUAAUUUGCAGACAAACAAAAGGCAUUUUAUUUUGUCCCUGGAUGCAUGGUUUCGUCUAAUGUUACAGUAUUCGAAAUAGUCAAUGCAUUUUGCCUUGCCCACAUAGUUUGUAUAUAUAUUUUUUUUUUUUUUUUUUUUUACCAUGGAAAAUUUUUUCAAACUUAUUCUCAGAAAAUGUUUUCAUGCAUUACAGCAAUUUCAUCCUGUUAAGUGUUGAAACAUUUAACACUAUUAUUAAAUUUAAGGUUGAACUCUACCAUUGAACUGAAUUACAAGAAUUAUCCGAGGUUAUAACAGCAGUGCUCAGUUAAAAAAUAUUUUCUUUUCAUUCCUGGGGUGUACUGUACAAAAAUAACUUAAAUCUAAAGCUUUUGCCUUUACAUUAAUUGUAUUGACAGCCCUCUAACAACCACUCCAUUUGAUCCUACAAUGCCAUUCCAUUUUUGUGAUAUUUCUGAUUAUUCUGUUGUCAUUGUAUUUGUGGUGGUUGCUUUUAUUCCAUCCAAUGAAAAAGGGACGAUCUGAGAAAUCACAAGAGUUUAAUAACCAGCACAGGCUUCACUUUGUUUGUUCUAUAUUCUGUUUGGAGGUAAUUUAAUUAUGAAUUUCACAUGAAAAUGAGUCUCCAGCCUUGUUUCUGGUUUUCAAAGUAAGACUCUUAGUAAAGUUCACCAAAAGUAUAUGUUCUUUCCACAGAGGGAAAAGAUGUUUUGAUAAUUUGUAAGUGUUUAGUAUUCAUUGGGAUCUUAAAGGGAUAGUUCACCUAAAAAUUAAAAUUCUCAUCAUUUACUAACCCUCAUGUCACCUCAGAUGUGUAUGACUUUCUUGCUUCUGCCGAACAUGAAGAUUUUUAGAAGAAUAUCUGAGCUCUGUUGGUCCAUACAAUGCAAGUGAAUGGUUACCAAAACUUUGAAGCUCCAGAAAGCACGUAAAGGCAGCAUAAAAGUAAUCCAUCAGACUCCAGUGGUUAAAUCUGUCUUUAGAAGCGAUAUGAUAGGUGUGGGUGAAAAAAAGACCAAUGUUUAAUUCUUUUUUUGCUAUAAAUCUUCACUUUCACUUAUUUUUGGUGAUCUGUAUUCUUUGUGCAUAUUGCCACCUACUGGGCAGGGAGGAGAAUUUAUAGUAAAAAUUAACUUAAAUAUUAAUGUUUUUCACCCCCACCUAUCAUAUUUCUUAUGAAGACAUGGAUUUGACCACUGGAGUCUUAUGAAUUGCUGCCUUUAUGUAUUUUUUGUAGCUUCAAAGUUCACUUUCACUUGCAUUGUAUGGACCUACAGAGCUCAGAUAUUCUUCUAAAAAUCUGUUUGUGUUCAGCAGAAGAAAGUCAUACACAUCUGGGAUGGCAUGAGGGUUAGUAAAUCAUGAGAAUUUUUAUUUUUGGGUGUACUAUCCCUUUAAAGGAAUAGUUCACCCAUACAUUUUAAUUCUUUUAUUAUUUACUCACUCUUCCAAAACCUUAAUGACUUCCUUUCUUAUGUGAAACACAAAAGGAGAUCUUAGGCAGAAUGACAGCCUCAGUCACCAUUCAUUUUCAUUGAAUGGAAAUAAGAUACCAUGACAGUGAAUGAUGAGACCAACAUAUUUUUGGGUGAGCAAUCCCUGCAGUAUCUUUCCAUCUGUAGUAAGCCACAGCACGUGAUUGACGCUUAUGGCAGCUUUUGCAUGACUGCAGUAAUAUUUAGGGAGCUAUUACGGAAUCACAUAUUGAAAUUAUGUCUUAAGUAUGAACAUUUGAUUGAAACUUAAUAGAGACCCCCACUGAAAAUAAAACAUAUGCAUUUCAGCAACUUCUCUUUCACAUCACAAAUAUAUUUGCUCAUUCUCAUCUCAGUUGUUUAUUUUUUCCACAGAUAUCCUUUGUAAUAAUUUGUACCGUUUUGCAUGCAUACUGUAAAUGUCAUUCCAUUUGUUUCAUGGUUGUAUUAUGUUUCUCACUCACUUGAAAACCUGUUUUAAUGUGGAUUUUGAUCAUUAUAAGCAACCAGGAAACUUUUUUGCAUAGAGGUAUUUAUGGUGAAAGGUAAAUCAGAAACUGGAUAAACUGACUGCUAUGCAUUAUGGAGACUUUACUAUAUUAACCUGAUGCAGAGGUAAUUCAAUAAAGCGAGGGAAAUGACA